AAUUUACCAUUUUUUAUAUUUAAUUUUAGUAUCACCUUCCCAAUUCCAAUGUAAGGAGGAAGGACGUUUGGCUAACUUUUCUCGGUCUGAAAACAUUUUCCGGGAAAAUUGUAGAAUCUGUUACAAAUUUUUAUCAGAAAAUGGGUUUAAUAUUUAGCAAAAUUCAGUCUUUGUGGCGCGUUCUGGUGAUUAGGAUCUGAACAAAAUUGGUGCUGGUUGUUGUUUGGAGGCAGCAAAAGGAGGAAGCUUCUCUUUCUCUCUAUCUCCUUGAGAAGAGAGAAAUGAGUUGUUUUCCUUGCCUUAGUCCAGGCUCCAAGGAUAUUAGGAUUGACAUUGAUAAUGGGAGAUCUAGUUCUCGACUUUCUGUCGAUUCCUCAGUUUUGAGCAGUGCACAGGAGAAGGCGAUUCCAGAGGAGAAUGGGAUAGGGAAUGAUCAUGUGAAGAGCCCUAAAGGCAGCGGAGCACAUAGUUUUACAUUUAAAGAACUAGCUAAUGCAACUGGGAAUUUUAGAGAGAUUAACUUGAUUGGGGAAGGUGGUUUUGGAAAGGUUUACAAAGGACGCUUGGAAUCGGGGCAGAUUGUUGCAGUUAAACAACUUAAUCAUGAAGGUCAUCAGGGGAAUCAGGAAUUUAUUGUUGAGGUUCUUAUGUUGAGCCUGUUACACCAUCCCAAUUUGGUCAGGUUGAUUGGCUACUGCACUGCAGGAGAUCAGAGGCUCUUGGUUUAUGAAUAUAUGCCAAUGGGUAGUUUGGAAGAUCAUCUUUUUGAUCUAGUAGCUGAAAAACAGCCUUUGGAUUGGAAUACUCGUAUAAAGAUUGCCAUUGGUGCUGCUCGGGGAAUUGAGUAUUUACAUUGCAAGGCCAAUCCACCCGUCAUCUAUCGUGAUAUUAAGUGUGCAAACAUUUUGCUGGAUAAAGAUUUCAACCCAAAACUCUCAGAUUUUGGUUUGGCAAAAUUAGGUCCUGUUGGUGACAACACACAUGUUUCAACCAGGGUGAUGGGAACUUAUGGAUAUUGUGCCCCAGAGUAUGCCAUGAGUGGUAAAUUGACUUUAAAAUCUGAUAUUUAUAGCUUUGGUGUGGUGCUAUUGGAGUUGAUAACUGGUCGGAAGGUACUAGAUUUAGGUAGGAAGCAAGGAGAGCAGAACCUGGUCUCUUGGUCUUGUCCAUGUCUAAAGGAUCCAAAGAAGUUUGGGCAAUUAGCUGAUCCUUUGUUGCAAGGACGUUAUCCACGUCGUUGCUUCAACUAUUUAGUUGCAAUUACUGCUAUGUGUCUAAAUGAAGAAGCCACUUUCCGCCCCCUUAUUGGUGACAUUGUUGUUGCACUCGAAUACUUAGCUUCUCAGAAUCGAAGCUCAGAACCACGUAAUGUUGGGGUCUGUGAUGCCUCACAACAACAAGCAUCAUCUUCACGAGAGGAGAAUAAUUCCCUUCGUAAAAGAUCCGAGUCCAGAAGUGCUACGACUUCUGUUUGAAGGUUUAUCCAAUAAGGGCUACAUUGAUCAAGUCACUAUUGUUGUCGGGUCAAACACAGAAGAAAGACUCAGUCAAAUUUCAUAUUCAAUGUGAAAAGCAUGCAACAAAAAGGCAAAAGCAUCUGCAUAUGUAUGUCUAUAUUUUUUCACUUUUGAGAAAAUCUAUUUAUGUGUAUAUUACUCCAUAAUAAUUAGCAUUUUUUCGCAACUUGCCGAUAGCAUUGCGCGACCUAGAACUGCUGUCCACUGCCUGUUUGCUUGAAGUGGGAAACAUUUCUGAAAAAAAAAAAAAAAGGAAA